AUAGGUCAACUGUUUUUUUUUGUUUUUUUUCGUUUUACAGACUUUCGUAAGUACAGCACAACACCGCUCGCUCAGUGUAAAUACGUGCUUGCAUGGAGGAGUCAGCGAAGGUUUCCACUUGUUCCUCUUGAAGCAGAACCCGCUAAAACACCGUGCCCGUGCUGCCCCUGCCUCUGACGGAGCGAUCACUUGGGAACAUGGCAAGGACUUUGGGGCUGUUUGCGACUUGUUUGUUAUUUCUUCUCUCCUCCGGUGCGGAAGGGAAGCUCAGAAAAGAACGUAUUUACUAUGUAGGAAUCACUGAGGACUCGUGGGAUUAUGCACCAAGUGGAAAAAACCUGCUCAACGGACUAAACAUCGAAGACGAUGAGCAUGCAUCUGUAUUCCUGCAAAGAGGACCCCAGCGUAUUGGCAGAGUUUAUAAGAAGGCUAUGUUCCGACAGUAUACAGACGCUACUUACACCGUACAGGCUCCCCGGCCGAACUGGUUGGGCUUCCUGGGGCCUAUACUGCGAGCUGAGGUUGAUGACGUUAUCGUGGUCCACCUGAAGAACUUUGCAUCUAGAAACUAUUCUAUGCAUCCCCAUGGAGUUUUCUACGAGAAGGAUGCAGAGGGGGCACUCUACCCGGACGGGACAUCGGGCAAUUUGAAGAAGGAUGACUCUGUUCCUCCGGGAGGCAGCUAUACCUACCGCUGGGAGGUCAGGCCGGAGUUUGCCCCCACGGACGACGAUGCCAACUGCCUGACCUGGAUCUACCACUCUCACGUAGAUGCUCCCAAGGACAUCGCCUCAGGACUUAUCGGGGCCCUGCUCACCUGCAAGAAAGGAAUCUUGAAGGAGACUAAUGAACCGGUUCCAACAAAGCCAGGGUCUGUCGUAGACUCAGUUCGAAAUGAUGUGGACCAGGACGUCUUCCUGAUGUUCAACGUGGUGGAUGAGAACCUGAGUUGGUACCUAGAUGACAACAUUGAGAGCCUUUCUAAUGCCACCGGAGUCGACGUAGAAGACCCCAACUUUGAAGAAUCAAACCUGAUGCACGCUAUUAACGGGUACAUGUUUGGUAACCUGCCCGGGAUCGAGUUGUGCCAGCACCGUGCUGUGGCCUGGCAUUUGUUUGGCAUGGGUAACGAGGUAGACAUUCACUCUGCCUUCUUCCAUGGGAAUACACUGCUGGACCGCGGCCACCGCACCGACGUCCUCAGCCUUUUCCCAGCCACGUUCGCUACCGCCAACAUGGUUGCGAAAGCAACGGGAAAGUGGCUGCUGACCUGCCAGGUCAAUGACCACUUGCAGGCUGGGAUGCAGGCCUUUUAUGAAGUGAGGUCAUGUGGCAGUGAGACCAACGCCACAGCAAUGCCUGGUGUUGUGAGGAAUUACUACCUGGCAGCAGAGAGAGUAGAGUGGAACUAUGCUCCCUCGGAAAAGGAUCUGAUUAACAAUAAUGUAUCCCUCACCGAGGUCGGCAGUGCAUCAGAGGUGUUCUUUGGCAGAGAUGGUGGAAGAAUCGGAGGUCAGUACAUGAAAGUGAUAUACACAGAGUACACAGAUGAUACCUUCACCACCAAAAAACCACCAGAAAAUGAUUUAGGAAUCUUAGGUCCAGUCCUGAGGGGAGAGGAAGGAGACACCCUCAGAGUAACAUUCAAGAACAUGGCUGAUAGAAAUUACAGCAUCCAGCCUCAUGGCCUGCACUAUGAUAAACUCUUCCAGGGAAGCAGCUAUGAGGACGGUGCUGAAAAGCCUGGCGCCCACAUUGGUCCACAUGAGAGCUUUGUCUACACCUGGCAGGUCCUAGAAGGUCCGUCCUCAUCUGAUCCCCCCUGUAUCCCCUACCUGUACUACUCUGGCACCGAUCCUGCCUGGGACACCAACUCUGGAUUGGUGGGGCCUCUGCUCGUGUGCAAGAAAGGAACGCUGGGGGAGAAUGGAAAACAGAAAGGUGUGGAUAAGGAGUUCUUCCUCCUUUUUUCUGUUAUGGAUGAAAACAUGAGCUGGUAUUUGGAGGAGAACAUUGAGGUGUUUGGCAGCAACGAGACAAAUCCAGAGAGUGAGGACUUCGAGGAGAGCAAUAAGAUGCACGCCGUUAAUGGACGCAUGUACGGGAACCUCGCCGGCCUGGAGAUGUGUGCUGGGGACAAGGUUUGGUGGUACACCUUCGGGCUCGGUACAGAGGUGGACCUCCAUGGUGUUUAUUUUGAGGGGAACACCUUCAAGAAGCAGAGCACGACGCGCGACACUCUCAACGUGUUCCCUCACACCACUGCUACUGCCUUCAUGCAGCCAAACACUCCUGGUGUGUACGAGGUGAGCUGCAGGGUAACAGACCACUACUCAGCUGGCAUGAGGCAGCGGUACAGAGUGGAUUAUUGCCCAGGAAAGAAAGUGAAGAACACGCAAACACAACCAACCAAGAUCGUGCAGUAUUUCAUCAGCGCUGAAGAAAUAGAGUGGGACUACUCACCUGAGAGACACUGGGAGCUGGAGAACCAUGCCACAUCAGAGGACAGUCCAGGCAGCAUAUUUGUGGAGAAAGGGAAGAACAAAAUUGGCUCACGCUAUAAGAAGGUGGUGUACAGAGAAUACACCGAUGACACCUUCAGAGUUCAGAAGGUACGGCAGCCCAGCGAACAACACCUGGGAGUUAUGGGUCCAAUAAUCAAAGCAGAGGUAGGAGAGCAGAUCGUGAUCACGUUCAAGAACAAAGCCACCCGGUCAUACUCGAUCAGUGCACAUGGAGUUAAAGCCAGUGGCGCGCAUGUUCAUGUCAAACCUGGUCACAUACUCGAGCUGACGUGGGAUGUUCCUGUAAGCUCUGGUCCAGGGGUCACAGAUCCUAACUGCAUCUCUUACGCCUACUACUCCAACGUCGAUUUCAUUAAGGAUCUGUACAGUGGUCUUUUGGGACCUCUGGUUAUAUGCAGGCGCGGGAUUCUGCGGCGCGGUGUGGAGCCCGACAGACAGAGGGGUGACGUGGAGAAGGAGUUCGCGCUGCUCUUCAUGGUGCACGACGAAAACCAGUCCUGGUACUUGGACGACAAUAUAAAGGAGUACCUUGGCGUCGACCCUGACACCUUCAAGCCGGACGAAGAAUUUGAAGAGAGUAACAUGAUGCACGGGAUCAAUGGUAGGCUCUACGGUAACCUCCAUGGACUAGAGAUGAUGCAGGGCCAGAAAGUCGACUGGUAUCUCCUGGGCAUGGGCAACGAAGUGGACAUGCACACAGUUCACUUCCACGCUGAAACUUUUACCUACAAGAUGGACCGCGUGCACCGAGCAGACGUCUUUGACCUCUUCCCCGGGACUUUUCAGACUGUGGAAAUGGUGGCCGGGAACCCAGGAACGUGGUUGCUACACUGUCACGUGACUGACCACAUCCAUGCUGGCAUGGAAACCACAUUCACCAUCAAAGAAAAGUCCUCACAUGCACCAGGAAGUGAAACCUCCAUAAAGGUGCUGCUGCUUUCACUGGCACUUGCUCUCAUUGCUGCGGGUGGACUGCACUGAUGAGAGGUCUCUAACACUGGACAUUAUGUGUGUAACCACAAUAAUGCACUUAAAAAUUCAAGGGACAAAAUCACUUUUGCGUAUGUGUUUGGUGGAGGUUAUGUGCUGUAUAUAAAUGCCAGGCAAUGAUCAGGCCAGUUCAAAUAUACCAAGAUCUGUACAGUGAUGUCAAAAGUGAAUGACUUUUAUAUUUGUGGACUGUUCCUAUGUUGUUCUGUUUUCUGUCAUGUUGCACUGUGGUUGAUUUUGUUAGUUUUGCUGUUAUACCAAAUAUUUGAUUCUGGUGAUGAAUGUGCAAUAAAACAUUGCGAUAUUCGUG